UAGAGUAUGUGUGUGUUUAAUGGACGGCACUUGACGAAGUAAAAACACGAAAAAUGUAUAAUUUUUUUUCCUGACUUAAAACUAGUUAAUGGUCUUAUCGUAUGAAACGGUAAUAAAAUCUGACCAUGUGGGAAACAAUAUUUAAUAUAUCUCAGUUUUUUGAAUGAAUAUUUAAGUGAACUUAACCUCAAACGUGUCCAAAACAGCGAAGAAAAAAUAUAUUUAAAAUGGCUCAAAACGAAGAAGAUGUAAAAAAAUUAGAAGAGAAAACUCAAGAUGAUUCGCCGGAUCCUAAUGUGCCAUCAGAAGAAGAUAAGCAAUAUCUUCUGGAUUAUGUUCAAGAAGUAGAACAAAGGUUAGCUGCCAAAGAAGAAAUAAGAUCUGCUAAUUUGAAUGUUACAAGACCUCCAGAUAGUUAUUUCAGUAAGUUGGAUUCGAAUUUAAAAAAAAAUACAACUUUGGUGAAAAAGCUAAAAAAUUUCAGUGCUACUCAAGUAGAUCAAUAUCUUAAAGAUAUGGCGAAUUUAAAUUUAACUAAAUAUGUUAGUGAAAUAGCAACUGCCUUAGUCGAUGCAAAAUUAAAGAUGACGGAUGUCCAAGGAGCAAUAAAAAUAUCUAGUUUUCUCCAUCAAACUUAUACAGAUUUUUCCACUCACUUUUUUGAAAAUUGGCAACGAGUAUUGACUUUAAAAGUCGGAGAGAAAAUCAACAAUCCUAGCAAAUUAAGAGUUGAUUUAAGAUUUUAUGCAGAACUUGUGAAUGCUGGCAUUUUCACUCACAAACAAGGGCUUUCUCUGCUUGGAUCGGUGCUGACUGUCUUAAUCAACAUGGACAAAGAGGAGCACAACAAUGCCAACAUUAUUCUCAGCUUCUGUCGUCAUUGUGGAGAAGAUUAUGCAGGCUUAGUUCCUAGAAAAGUAAGAGAUUUAUCAGAGAAACUAAAUGUAACAAUACCAAAAAGCAAAGUUCUACCUCCCGAUAAACAACAAAAUGUUCGAACUUUAUUAAGAGAAUACUACAACUCUUUAUGUAAACAUUUAUUAAAAGAUCAUAAAGAAUUACAAGCUUUUGAAAAACAGAAUCGAAAGAUUCUUCAAACAAGAGGUGAACUCAGUUCAGAGCGAAAAGAAAAAUUGGAAGCAUUGCAAGUCUCUUAUGAUCGAUUGAUGACAAAUGUUCAAAAUUUCUCAGAAACUCUAGAUGAACCAAUGCCAGAGCUUCCUGUUGAUACGGAAGUAAAAACAGAAGCUGAUGAAACUUUUAAGAUGAUUAGCGAAGGAGAAGAGAAUAGCUUGAUGGAAGAUAUGUGGGGUGAUGAAGAAACUAGAAGAUUCUAUGAAGUACUUCCUGAUCUCACAGUCUUCCUUCCUGGAUCUUAUUUGAAAGAAGUGCCAACAGUUGAUGCACCAAUUACAGAAGAAACUUUAGAUGAAGAGAUAACAUUCGAUGAGUUGGAAGAGAUUGAAAAAAUUGAAGAAACAGAACCAGAAGUUGAAGAGCCUCAAGUUGCUAAUAUUAGCAAUAAAAUCCUUCUUGAUGCUUUUCUUUCUCAUUUACCAAACUGCGUGAACCGAGAAAUGAUUGAUAAUGCCGCUGCAGAUUUCUUAAUGAAUCUCAAUACUAAACAUAACAAGAAAAAACUCAUUAAAGCUCUUUUUGGAGUAUCAAGAAUUCGUUUAGAUCUUCUACCGUUUUAUUCUCGAUUGGCUGCUAUUCUCUACCCUGUCAUGCCAGAUGUUGCUAAUGAACUUUGCACCAUGUUGAAGCAUGACUUUAAGUAUCAUGUAAGAAAAAAGGAUCAGAUCAACAUUGAAUCCAAAGUCAAGGUUGUAAGAUACAUUGGAGAGUUAGUAAAAUUUAAAUUGUAUAGCAAAAUAGAGGCUUUGUACUGUCUAAAAGUGUUACUUCAUGACUUUACUCACCAUCACAUAGAAAUGGCUUGCAAUCUCUUGGAAACCUGUGGAAGAUUUCUUUUCUGUUCAGCAGAUUCCCACCAAAGAACUAAAGUAUACCUGGAGCAAAUGAUGAGAAAAAAAGCAGUGACUGCCUUGGACUCUCGAUAUGUAACAAUAAUUGAGAAUGCUUAUUAUUUUGUGAAUCCCCCAGAAUCUAGUGGAGGAUUAAGUAGAAAAGAACGACCACCAAUGCAUGAGUUUAUCAGGAAACUUCUCUAUCAAGAUCUUUCUAAGACUAAUACUGAUAAAAUUCUUAAACUGAUGCGUAAGCUUGACUGGGAAGAUGAAAAUAUUGCAUCUUAUGCUAUAAAGUGUCUCACAGCAGCUUAUAAUGUUAAAUAUUUGAAUAUCCGAUGUGUAGGAAGUCUUUUGGCGGGUCUUGUAGCUCACUACGAAGCAGUAGGACCUCAUGUUGUUGAUGGUGUGUUAGAAGAUAUCAGAGUGUGUAUGGAAAUCAACCUUCCCAAGUAUAAUCAACGAAGGAUAGCUAUGGUAAAAUAUCUGGGAGAACUUUAUAAUUAUAGAAUGGUAGAAAGUGGAGAUAUUUUUCGUACACUAUAUCUUCUUAUCACUUUUGGAGUCAGUAUGGAUCAUGGAGUACCAAGUCCUUUAGAUCCACCUGAUCACUUAUUUCGUAUUAGACUUGUUUGCACACUUCUAGAAACUUGUGGUCAAUAUUUUAGUGGAGGAUCCAGUAAAAAAAAGUUGGACUACUUUUUGAUAUUUUUCCAAAAUUAUUAUUGGUUCAAAUAUACUGACCCUAUUUGGACUCCAGAGAAUCCUUUCCCUAUUGGAAUUGAUUAUAUGUAUAGGGAUACUUUAACAAUGCUAAGACCAAAAAUGCAACUUCUCCAAAGUUACAAAGCAUCUCAAGCUGCAAUCGAAGAAUUAAAAAAUAUUUUGUACCCAUCACUUCAAGUGGGAAAAGAAGAGAAUCGUUCUGAUACUGGUGAUGAUAUGGGAGUAAUUCCAGAGGUUGAUGAAGAAGCAGCUGGUGUUGAUGUAAAAGGAUCUGAACUCCACUUUGAAGAAGCUGAAGAUUGUUCAGAAGAAGAUUGGAUUAUUGAUGCAGAGAGAGAUGAGAAUGCUGGAACAGCAGAGAAUACACAAGGAGACCAAAGCCUCUCUCAAGGUCCUGCCGAAGGAGUGAUUUUAGAUGCUUCUGAAUUAGAAGCAGCUUUACCAUCCGGACCAAAACGAGUUGCUUGUCCAGAAGAUGAUGACUUCCUUUCUGCUUUGGAUAAAAUAGUCUCUGAUAACAUUCAAGACCGGAUGAGAGACAAUGUCAAGCCUCAACAAGUCGAUAUUUCUGUUCCCAUUCAUGUGAAAAAUCCUAAAAAAACUUAUGAACAAUUACACGAAGGGCCUUCUGAUAAUACUACAGUCGACUUUAUUCUUAUGUUAAGAAAAGGAAAUAAACAACAAUAUAAAAGUCUGGCUGUGCCAGUAUCAUCUGAGUUAGCAAAGAACUUGAGAAAUCGUGAGCAAGAACAAAAGGAAGAAAAAGAACGUGUUAAAAGAUUGACUUUGAAUAUUACAGAGAGGCAAGAAGAGGAGGAUUACCAGGAAACGAUUAAUCAAGGGACAAAACCAGUCACUGUCAACUUGAAUCGAGAGCGAAGACAGAAGUAUAAUCAUCCAAAGGGUGCACCAGAUGCGGAUCUCAUUUUCGGACCUAAAAAAAUACGAUAGAAAAAUAAAUGGAUGUCUUCAGUGACUGAAUGUGGAUUUCGUGAACUUCAAGAGGUGCUCUGUCACCUAACCAAAUGACAAAGAGUUCAAGGGAGAAAAUGAACCUUCUCUCUUUCUUCCAAACAACUACGAGCUGAAUGCAAGCUCCUCUACGUAGAAGACACAAUGAAAAAAAAUGAAAAGAGAAAAAUAAUUUAUAUAUUUUCGUAUCCGGUCGUUUCGAUGAAAGACGACGUCUUUUAUCUACACUGUUAUUAUUUCAUAUAAUAUUACUUUGAUUAAUAAAUAAAUUGAGUUCAAUAGAUGCUUGGAAAAUUCUUUCAUUUACUACAAAAUUUGCUCAAAAUA